AUGCCCAAAAACAGACCAUCCAAAGCCAAACGAGAUGCGAAAAAGUAUGGUAACCGCCACAAGGAAAGGGAGAAGAGGGAACAUGAAGCCGCAAAGCAAGUGGUCGACGACGAAUCCCUCGAUUUCCCAGCCAAGAUCGACCACCUAGCCGAAGCGCGAAGGUGGUUCACCGCCGACACGACGAUCAUCGACAAAUACAUGUCAAACGAGUUGUCAACUGCCGAGACCGUCGAAAUACUAGCCAAGCCAGUUGAUGAAGCAUAUUCAUCGGCAGACUUUGGGCGACAAUGGCACAGGCAGGAAAUGGUUGCUCGCGGUCAGCGCAAGUAUCACGGCCCUGAAAAGGCGCUGGAGAUGUGGGGACCUGAAGAGGAUUGGCCAGAGCCUGAGACGAAAUUCGACGCUUCAGAGAGCACCGAGAUGCUCUUGUGGGAUCUGUGGUACUCCAUCCUACACGCCGCAAAACGCAUCCCAUACACCAACGAUUCCCGACACGAAAAGCUCGUUGAGCUGGUAAGGGCUUUCAAGGCCCGGCCUAAUCCUCCUCCACCCGUCCCAAUGACGAUUCCCCUCAAAAGAGAAUGGAUCUGGGAGUCUGGAAAACUCUGGACUGACCUGACCGUCUUGGGCAUUUCAGUAGCCGAAGUCUCCAACGACUCUCCUGGCUGUGGAGCUGGUUGGUUGUGGCCAGAGCUUCGAGCAUGGGAGAAUGUCAAUGCUUUCCUGGCGAGACUGACAGCGAGUCAUCUCAUGACCUUUCAAAGUCUCGGCCUUUGGGCUCUAAAGGAUGCCACGGAGAGAUCUCCCAGCGCAAGGUACAGGCGAACUUGUCCGCCGUCGGAUAACGAAAUUCUCUCCCACAGAGUGAUACUGGCAUCGUUGUGGGUGACGAUCGCUGGCGAACAGGUUUUCGCCGAGUACCCCAAGAUUCGCGACCAGAGGGAUAUAGAAGUUGUUGAUAGAAUUCUAGACCUGAGAGAUGAUAAACUACCUUGGACGCGAUCUAGGAAGAAACACAAGGGCCGAGCACGGUGGGAGACAGCCCGGAGGGAGUUUGUGCGUCGACGGCUCGAGGUGGAAUCGCACAACGAGGGUUUGCCUUUAGAAGCUCGGGAGAUGGCUUCCAAGGCUACAAAAGCGAUGAUUCCAUUUGUCCAGUUUGGAGAAGACUAG